AUGAUUCUCACGAAUGAUGGCUGUGUCUACGGAUGGGGUUAUAAUAUGUUCGGACAUCCUUACUCUUCAUUUGCCAUCACAUCUGAGGGACAGGUGUUUAGUUGGGGUCGAAAUGAUUGGUAUGGUUUGGGACACAAUUUAUCGGAUAAUAUAUGGAAACCACAACUCAUUGCAGACAUGACUGUUGUCUCCGAAAUGAGUUAUUACAAGAGUUUGUACGAAGAGUUGCAUUCAUUAGGUUCGGGAGCUUUUGGGGAAGGAAAUUGCAAAAUGGAUAAUCCUUUUGGAGUGAUGACAAUCUACGGGAGUGUAUGCAAGAAAUGCAAAAAUUGGUUAAAGUUAGGUCAGAAUACUGUGUCCAAUAUAUCGGUCAAUGGAUAGAAAACAAUGUGUAUUUCAUUGUAAUGGAGUUGUGUUCCCAUAGUCUGCAGAAUAUUCUUCAACACAAACCACAAGUAUUUGGUCGACAACCGGAAGAACCCA